AAUGUACGAACAGCAAAUCUUGAGCAGGCAGAGCAAAGGGGGAAACGAGCGAACGAGAAGGAAAGGCUUCGACUAGAACAACAAGAGAGAGAACGCUUGCGUUUGGAAGAAGUCGCAGCAAAGAAGGCCAAGUUAGAAUAUGGAGACGGUCAACCUAUUUCGGAUAUCUGCUUCAGCGAGGCAAGUACACAAACAGAAGAAUUUGAAUAUUUAUUCACCAAACAGCAAUCACAGAGCCCAAUUUCCGAGGAUAAUUUUCGAGUAGCAGAUAGUAAAUUAAGUUUUUAUACUGGACUACCUUCAGUUGAAAUCUUGAGUACAGUCUUCCGUCAAAUAUUGCCAUUUGUAACUCGUAAGACUGUACGGUUGACUCCAUUCGAGGAAUUUGUUUUAACUUUGAUGAAGUUAAGGCUAAAUAUAUGCCAUUUUAAGAUCUUGCUAACCGGUUUGGAAUUUCUAUACCUACUGUUUCAGAAAGUUUCCUAUCCUGGAUGA